GGGUAAGGUACCUAGUUAUGGGAUUUAUCAACAAAACAAGAGCCGUGAACGAACCUCCGACGGAGACGCCGCAACCCAAACAAACCGAACUUCCACCACAACCACCACCACCUCAGAUCUCUACCUUCCAAAACAACUCACCUCACCCCAUCCCUCCGACGAAAAGAUCAAUCGCAUUACCUCCUUCAUCCAACCUACCCAAACCCACCAAUCCACCAUGUCCACCCCCCUCGACGACGACCCCGCCACCACCACGCCGCGGGACUCCUCCGUGUCUGAAAACCCGCUCCUGCGCGCGUCGAACCCCCUCGUCUCCGAUCUCGAGCAAGAAGUUCUCGACGAAUACACAAGGCUCCUAGGAAAUGUCAAUAAGCUCUCCGACAAACUGUCCGACCUCUCAGGGGACCCGUCCUCGCUGACUCUCGACGGGCUGCGCCAUCUCGAACGCAAGACCGCGACCGUGUGCACGCUGCUCAAGGCCAGCGUCUACAGCAUCGUGCUGCAGCAGCAGAUCUUCAAUGAGAGUGAGGAGCAGCAACAGCAACAGCAGCAGCAGGAGCAGGGUCAGGGAGGGGCGUAUGAUGGAGACGGGGAUGUUGAUAUGGGGUAUGAGGAUCAGUAUCAGGGGAUGAUGUAUGAGGGGGAUAGUUUUGAGGGGAGGUAUACUUGAUUUCGUUUUUUUGGGGUUUGGGUAGAGGUGUUAUGGGUUCUUUUUCUUUGUGGUUUUUGUUUUAAAUGUGAUGUAUGUGGCUAUGCCUAUGAUACCCGGUUGGAGUUGAGAAUACCACGUCUGGCUGGCCCUAUUCCUAUUCCUAUUCAAUGAUGCAUAAUAUGACAAGGGAACUUUGCAAAUACAAAUACAUAUGGGAAAAAGAAAACCAAAAUUAUAUACACAGCUCUAACGCAAAAGACAUGAUUCGCACAUGUCGCUGAACUGUGCCUUCGUAGUCAUACAGUCAGUCAGUCGAUUCUGUGCGUGAGGAUGACCG